AUGGAGGCAAUUGGUGUCUCCUACUCGAACCCGUUGGACGACUACGAGUUGAUUCAGCGAAUCGGGAGUGGUACAUACGGAGAUGUAUUUAAGGUAUUUUAAAUUCGCCAUGCUCCACUAUUUUGCAUAUGAUUCUGAACUUUAGUGAAAUGUAGGUCUCCUUUGUAGGCUACUGGAUGUGCAUCCAUCCCCCGAAUUGUGAUUGUUUUACAUAUGAUGACUGUACGACCUGAGCAGACACAUACCUGUUCGAAUAGAUGGUUAUUUCUAGCCUUAGUCCUAUGUUGACUGCAGUCAACGUUCAAAAACAGAAUGUGAUGGUUUUAUUAAUCAAAAAUGCUAGAAAUAGUUUUGAGAUAAAAAAAUAAAUAAAUCCUGAUAUAAUGUUGCCAGAAAGUGAUAUUUCACCAUCCCGUAGUAUCAUCAAUGUGUGCAUGGAGGCAGGCUGCAUGGUCUCUCUCCAUAACUGUAUUGACUGUUUGGUUGUCAUGAAUACAGAGCUAAACAUCAGAAUGGCUGUAGUCUCCCUAGGCAGACUUGUUGCCUCGCACAGUGUAUUUUGCCUAGGGUCGGGUUACGAGACUAACAAGGUGCAGGGAAAUGCUGAUAAAGUUUUUACUCUAAGUAUACAGUGCAUUGGGAAAGUCUUUAUUCAGACCCCUUGACUUUUUCCACAUUUUGGUACGUUACAGCCUUAUUCUAAAAUGUAUUUAAAAAACAAAAUCCUCAUCAAUCUACACACAAUAUCCCAUAAUGACAAAGCAAAAACAGGUUUUUAGACAUUUUUGCAGCUUUAUUAAAAAUAAAAACAGAAAUACCUUAUUUACAUAAGUAUUCAGACCCUUUGAGCUCAGGUGCAUCCUGUUUCCAUUGAUAAUCCUUGAGAUGUUUCUACAACUUGAUUGGAGUCCACUUGUUGUAAAUUCAAUUGAUUGGACAUGAUUUGGAAAGGCACACACCUGUCUAUAUAAGGUCCCACAGUUGACAGUGCAAAAACCAAGCCAUGAUGUCGAAGGAAUUGUCCGUAGAGCUCCGAGACAGGAUUGUGUCGAGGCAUAGAUCUGGGGAAGGGUACCAAAAAAUGUCUGCAGCGUUGAAGGUCCCCAAGAACACAGUGGCUUCCAUCAUUCUUAAAUGGAAGAAGUUUGGAACCACCAAGACUCUUCCUAGAGCUGGCCGCCCGGCCAAACUGAGCAAUGGGGGAGAAGGGCCUUGGUCAGGGAGGUGACCAAGAACCCAAUGGUCAGUCUGACAGAGCUCCAGAGUUCCUUUGUGGAGAUGGGAGAACCUUCCAGAAGGACAACCAUCUCUGCAGCACUCCACCAAUCAGGCCUUUAUGGUAGAAUGGCCAGACGGAAGCCACACCUCAGUAAAAGGCACAUGACAGCCCUCUUGGAGUUUGUCAAAAGGCACCUCAAGGACUCUCAGACCAUGAGAAACAAGAUUCUCUGGUCUGAUGAAACCAAGAUUGAACUCUUUGGCCUGAAUGCCAGCGUCACGUCUGGAGGAAACCUGGCACCAUCCAUAUGGUGAAGCAUUGUGGUGGUAGCAUCAUGCUGUGGGGAUGUUUUUCAGCGGCAGGGACUGGGAGACUAGUCAGGAUUGAGGGAAAGAUUAACAGAGCAAAGUACAGAGAGAUCCUUGAUGAAAACCUGCUCCAGAGCGCUCAGGACCUCUGACUUGGGCGAAGGUUCACCUUCCAACAGGACAACGACCCUAAGCACACAGCCAAGACAAUGCAGGAGUGGCUUCGGGACAAGUCUCUGAAUGUCCUUGAGUGGCCCAGCCAGAGCCUGGACUUGAACACGAUUGAACAUCUCUGAAGAGACCUGAAAAUAGCUGUGCAGCGACAUUCCCCAUCCAACCUGACAGAGCUUGAGAGGAUCUUCAGAGAAGAAUGGGAGAAACUCCCCAAAUACAGGUGUGCCAAGCUUGUAGCGUCAUACCCAAGAAGACUGAAGGCUGUAAUCACUGCAAAAGGUGCUUCAACAAAGUACUGAGUAAAGGGUCUAAAUACUUAUGUAAAUGUGAUAUUUCAUGUAUUAAUUUUUUUACAUUUGCAAAAAUGUAAAAAAAAACUGUUUUUGCUUUGUCAUUAUGGGGUAUUGUGUGUAGAUUGAUGAGGAAAAAAACUAUUUUAUCAAUUUUAGAAUAAGGCUGUAACAUAACAAAAUGUGGAAAAAGCCAAGGGGUCUGAAUACUCUCCGAAUGCACUGUAUAUGGUCAGGUGUUAAAAAAGUCCAGCACACCAAAUAAAGUUAAUAAAGUAUGGUACAGAAAUAAAUACUCCAUGAGUUUGUGGUUAUAUGAGAUUGUUUCGUGAAUGUAGCAGUUGGUAACAGGAAACCAAACAUUUGUUGAGAAAGGAAGACGUGUCAAAACCGUGAGAAACUCACUGUUUACACACAGGCCAGAACCCUGACCUAAAUUCGGAUAUGGCAAAAAUCGACUUUAUCAUUAUUCACUGCAGCAUACCCAAGAAACCCCUGUAAAGUAUCGGAAAGAUUUCUGUAAUUAAUUGUUCUAUUGAAAAGAUAAACAAUAAAUCAUCAUGAAAUAAGAGAAGGAUUAGUUGCCUAGGGCAUGUCUUGAAAGUGAUCUUGAGCUGAGAUGAGCGAUAAUAGCCUCAUUUGGUCGAGGAUGUAAAAGUUCUGCUGCAAUAUGAUACAUUACUUUUACAUGACUUUAAUCACAGCAAGUCUUUUACGACAGAAACAAAACAGGAAGUGAGUACCGCUCCAUAUCAGAUGUCUUUUUUCAAGGGCCUCAUAGUUCCCACGUGGCCUUUCACUGCUUUGCUUGGUAACAUAAGCAUUGUGUCUGUAUGAUCUGUAGACAUACAGUAAGGGUGUACUUCCCCUUAUCACCUAUGUUUUCUCAGUGGAAAAAAAGUGUGAGCACAAGGCCCUCAAAUAGCAUACCUAAUCGGCUGAGGUGUAAUCAUUAGCCCAAACAGUUGUGUUUUGCAACAAAAUAUAUAGUUUUUAUCUGACAAAUUCAGGUAGUUCUCUCACAGUUUCGUUCAGUUUGCUUCCGUUUGGUUCCUUGUGAAUACCCUGGUUUAAAUGUAAUAUACCUAGAACUACUUUCAUGCGUGGUCGGCAAUUAUUCGUUUUCCCAUUGUAUAACUGAGAGUCUGUGGCACUCAUGACUUGAAAGGUCAUGACAGUACCCAUAACAUUCACAGCAAAAAAUGAAAUCACAAUGUCAAAUGAUCAGGAAAACCUCAAAAAAAUGUGUACUCUCUUCUCUAUAGGCACGAGACAUCAAGACAUCUGUGGUAUCAGCAAUCAAAGUUGUAAAACUAGAUCCUGGUAGGAUAUUUAUGAUAUCCCAAAGUAUGAUUGUGUUUUUGUCUUAAUCACAUUGAGUCGCGGUAUUCCUGAAUAUAAAUUAGAGUUUGCUCGUCUCUCUCUUCAGGUGAUGAUAUAUCAUCUAUCCAACAGGAGAUCACCAUGAUUAAAGAAUGCACUCACAAGAACAUUGUGGCCUAUUUCGGCAGCUACCUCAGGUUUGGUCUGCAAUCAAACGUUAAAACUUGAUAUGAAACUCAAUGAGGUAUUCCUUUAACGGUGUGCCUCUUCCUUUGGUAGAAAUAACAAGCUGUGGAUCUGCAUGGAGUACUGUGGAGGAGGUUCCCUGCAGGACAUUUAUCAUGGUACAGUUGGAGAACAUGUCAUCCCCCCUAACCCCCACCCUGAUUGA